ACCCAAGCUCCCUCCAGGCAGGACAGGCAAAAUUACCCCAUCCGGCUGUUCCCUCCAUUAAUCCCAUUUUCUCUCCGCUUCCCGACUCUCACUCCCUCACUCUCUCGACUUCUCAUCUCUCUCUUUCAAACUCGCACCCAUUCUUCUCACGCCUUGCUAUCUUUCUCAUUCUUGCUCCAUCAUUACCCGUACCAUUUGGUCAUUUAAACCAUUCACCUUGACAUCUUCACGGUCACCUCUCAGCCUACCUCAUUACCCUUCGUUUUGGCGCUCCCCCGCUCUCCGGUCUUCCGCUACAUCUGGCGGUUCCGCCAGCCACCAACCAAGAAACAACAAACCUAAGAUUGUUACAACAAAUUGUCAACGGCUAUGCGGAUCAACUACACUCGCUAUAACCGUCCUUAGGCCUGGAGCUGAGCUUAUACAGCUAAUGCCAGCUCUAUCGACGCCGUCCCGCCUGUCUACUUCGAUGCCAGUCCCGACAUGGCCUCAUCAUACCCCCCCUCUCAGACCACCAUGACGGGCUAUGUUCCUGGGCCUGUCUCGUUCGCAGAGGCACAGUCGCAACAUCAGCAUAACUCCCUCACGGCCUACUCGAUUCUCGGCACCAAUCACUAUCCAGACAGUGUCGCAUAUUGGCAUAAUCCUUCAGCGCAACCCCAACCGGCGCUUCCCGCCGUUUCUUAUCCGCCGGUCCCUCCGAAACCGCAUUCGUUACAGCAGCCCACCCCCGAUCUGAAGAAGCACAAGCGUACCCGCAGCGGCUGUUUCACUUGUCGAUCCCGCCGUAUAAAAUGCGAUGAAACACGCCCUAUCUGUGACAGGUGUCGGAAAGGGAACCGUGACUGUGUCUAUCCUUCUCCCAAUACCCCGGGCGCAUCCAAGUCCGCCAGCGCCCGCGGUACCUCCAAGGCACGCGGCUCCCAGGCUCGCGCAGCGGAUGGGUCCAUCAGUCCCGAGGGAUCUGAGGAUGUGCACGUACUAGAGACCAUAGCCGACGAAGAGGAAGAAGACGGAGAUAGCGUGGGGUCCAGUGCGCAUCUGUCUCCUACAAUAAGCCAACGCCAAUCAGCGGCAGCACGACCUAAAACAACUUUGCCCCGGAAACAAAGUACUCAGUCGUCAAGGCGCCGUAAAAGGAAUCCCUCCGUUGCGCUGGACGCCAUACCUUCGCGCACCGAGACUAGCACAUCCCCUUCUCCCUCGACCGAGACCUCCUCGCACUUUGAGUCUGUCAGCGCCCGGUCGGCUAGUCUGGGUGCUAACCCACUGGAUCCAGUCGCAGGUACGAUGACCAUCAAUCAACUGUCAAAUGACUUGCGGUUCUAUCUUCGCUAUCACUGCGACUUUAUCACAUAUCGACACUAUUUCCUCCGGCCAUCAAACGAUCGUUUUGUCCGUCAUACCAUCCUUGAUUUGGCGUUGCAGUACGAGCCGCUCUUGUACGCCGUUGUUGGAUUUUCGGCAUACCACCAUUGCGUCCAAACAGGGAACGGUCGACUUUACUCGUUUUUGAAAUACUACAAUAACGCUCUGAAGUUGUUACGCAAAUCCCUUGGCUCAGGCGAGCCACACAAUGAGGCUACAUUAGCCACCGUGCUGGUGCUCACCACCUUCGAGGAAUUCAUCGGGGACUGGGUCAAUCUAAUUGACCAUCAUCAGGCAGCCCAUGCUUUGAUGCGAGAACUCUUGACCCCUGAAACUAUCAACACGAACGAGCUCCACCAACAUAUCUUCCUCUGGUAUGCACGUUUCGAUGUGGUGGCGGGAAUUCUGGCAGGCAACGAGACGGUUCUGAGCCGAGAUUGGUAUGUUGCAAAGGAGGAAUAUGACGCUCAGCAAGCGGCAACCCACCCGGGUGAUGUGGACAAGCAAUUGGCUUGGGCCACGUCAAUCAAUCGUCGAUUUGGGCUAGAUAUGGCUUCCUUGUAUGCCAAGUUAUCACGUGGCAUGAUCCCGAUCGACGAGUUCAUGGUGCAAAAUGACCUCCUGGGCCGAACCUUGGAACAAAUGAAGAGCAUCCUGGUGCAAUUCCAGAACUCGGAGUUCGCCGUGCAGGAGUAUCCCUAUCGCGUGCCAUUGACCGAGGACGAUAUUGUGGAUCCGUAUGUGCCAGGUGGGAUGCAUUGUGGCCCUCUAUGGGAGGUCAAUAUGGUGUGGAUUGAUUACCUGUCUACCAAGGCCAUGUUCAAAUAUCAGUCGUUUCUGGCACUAAGACAAACGUCAAUAGCCGAAUUGGAGGACCUUUCCAUGGAGCAGUGUCGAUUGAUGGAAUCGGUUGACCGAUGGCCAGGCAAGGAGAACGGGGCCAUCAUUUCCUUCAAGAACAGCCUUGGCAUGGCGGCCAUGUUCCUCCCGAAAGAAGAUAAGUAUAUCAUGUGGGCGCGGCGGAAGUUCGCCUCGUUAGAGCAACAGGGCUAUGUUGUCGCAUCCCGAUUUCGAUCAGCAAUGGCGGCGCUCUGGCAACUGCCACAGAUUGAUCGAUGGUGGCUUCCCAACGACGAGAGUUACCCAAAAAUUAUCCGAGAAGUGCGCGCGAUGACCGAGGAGCGUAUCAAUCAUCCUCGCGAUCAUUUCCGUGAGGAUGUGCGGGACAUGAAGGCGCUGUUUUGGAAUAUCAGCCUGGACGAUACGGAGAGUGAUGGCAGUCCGGCCUCGGUUCCUCUUACCGCAGAUGCACGGCCCACAUAAAUCGGCACUGCUAAUGCUAUAGUCUCACUGCGUUAUUCCGCUAUAGUACGAUCGUACUAUAAUUCAGCUUGGGGCCUUGGAUCCAUAGCGGGAACAGCGGCUAAGCGAUUGACAACGGCAACAAUCGCGCGCGCACAGCGCAAGUCGCGCUUCAGCUCUCGGCGCGCGGCUUCUCCUCCUGCCUCAACUUAAUAUAUUCAUAGUCCUGUUUUCUAUAUACCCACCUUUGUUCCCGAGGCAGGACAGUCUGGUAGCGCCAACGAGGCACGCAUGUUAAUGGAGACGGAAACCGGACGCGGACUUGGAUCCUUCCCGGGGCGAUCAUUAUACAUACAAGUACUACAUGCG